GCAGCAAAACACGUGUUUAUGUACACAUAGAACUGGUCAUGUGCCAUGAUAUUCCAUCUUUUAAACAUGAUUGAUAAUGAUUCUAUGACGUCAGAUGCAAGACAUGUUAGGGAACCUGCACACAGCUAUACCGUCCUGUGUCUCCUGGAGUGUUAGGAAUCAAGAGCUACUUUAAAUGUACGUGGAUUGUAUUCAAAAGUGAAAGCGUUACUCUGUGGAUUCCUGUGGAAAAUGGGCGCACUGCAAACCUUCAGGGAGUUCAGUGUUUUGGGGUGGUUAAGAGAAGGCAGGCAAUCGAGGAGGCUAAUUCUUCUAAUCGUGUUCGUUGCACUUCUGCUGGACAACAUGCUUCUCACUGUAGUCGUGCCCAUUAUCCCCAGCUACUUGUACACAGCAGAUCACAAAGCCUCUCCAGUUAAAAACCAGACAACCAGUCAUGGGCGGGAGUCUGUGCCCUCCUUUAACACCUUUCAAAACAUCAUCUCCUACUAUGACAACUCCACCAGGCUGCCUGGCAACGCCUCUGAGGAGACAUCCCAAAGAGCAGCCCGUUUCUCCUACACCACCACCAGCAGCCUUGUCACCAAUGCCACUGAAGCACCAUCAGACUGUCCGAAAAAGGACAAGCGCCUUUUAAAUGAAAAUGUGAAAGUGGGUUUACUGUUUGCUUCAAAAGCCACCAUGCAGUUGAUAACUAAUCCCUUCAUUGGACCUCUGACCAACAGAAUAGGAUACCAGAUUCCUAUGUUUGCUGGCUUUUGCAUUAUGUUUCUUUCCACUGUCAUGUUUGCUUUUUCUGAAAGCUAUACUUUACUUUUCUUGGCGAGGUCCCUGCAGGGAAUCGGCUCCUCCUGUUCGUCAGUGGCUGGUAUGGGGAUGCUGGCCAGUGUCUACACAGAUGACGAGGAACGAGGGAAUGCCAUGGGGAUUGCAUUAGGAGGCCUGGCUAUGGGAGUGCUGGUUGGCCCCCCCUUCGGCAGCGUGAUGUAUGAGUUUGUGGGGAAAACAGCCCCCUUUCUGAUUUUAGCAGUAUUUGCUCUGCUCGAUGGAGCUCUGCAGCUAUUUAUUCUGCAGCCAUCUAAAUCAGAACCUGAAAGCCAGGAGGGAACAUCACUCUUUGCACUUUUGCGGGACCCUUAUAUCCUCAUUGCUGCAGGAUCCAUAUGCUUUGCUAACAUGGCCAUCGCAAUGCUAGAGCCUGCACUGCCAAUAUGGAUGAUGGAGACCAUGUGUUCAAGAAAAUGGCAACUUGGCGUCGCUUUUGUCCCUGCCAGCAUCUCCUACCUUAUUGGAACCAACAUCUUUGGCGUUCUUGCUCACAAAAUGGGAAGGUGGCUUUGUGCCCUGAUUGGAAUGGUACUUGUAGGAAUAAGCAUCUUAUGUGUGCCUUUUGCCAAAAAUAUAUAUGGUCUCAUUAUACCAAAUUUUGGAGUUGGUUUUGCCAUUGGCAUGGUGGAUUCUUCAAUGAUGCCGAUAAUGGGUUACCUCGUUGACCUGCGUCAUGUUUCUGUCUACGGAAGUGUGUAUGCCAUCGCAGAUGUGGCCUUCUGCAUGGGAUUUGCAUUGGGCCCUUCCACUGGUGGUGCGAUUGCUCGAAGCAUUGGGUUUCCCUGGUUGAUGACGAUCAUUGGGAUCAUUGACAUACUCUUUGCGCCACUCUGCUACUUCCUCAGAAGCCCACCAGCCAAGGAAGAGAAAAUGGCUAUAUUAAUGGAUCACAAGCAUCCAGUCAAGACCAGAAUGUACACUCAGAACAGCAUGCAACCAUACCCUCUGGAAGAUGAAGAGUCUGAAAGUGACGAGUAACAGGAGCCAUAUAUGUAUGUUACUCCUCAGAAUAUCUAUUCUGUUGUACAAAAUAAAGCAGUGUGCUUUUGUGAAUGUCCCAUUUUAAAUUUCUGUUUCUUAAAUGUACCGUAUCAAUAUGGUGUACCACUGAAGCAUACCAAAGCUGUUUUUAUUGCCCAGUGUUACAGCUGUUUUUGUUAUUCUAUACAAAAUAAGUAGCCGGCAACCUUAUAAAGCUGAUGUUAAUGUAUUUAUGGAAGUAAUUUAUUGCUGGGGGAAAAAAAAACAAUUCAAUUAUUUUUGAUUUUCUUAAAAGUUUGCCUAUAUUUUUAAUUAUAUAUUUGCAGGUAUAAGUAAUGUACAUCUAAUUUUGUGGCAUUGUAAGUGAAAAGAAAAGCCUAUACAUUUUAAUAACUGCUUAAAUUCAGCUUAGUGUGGUCCACUGUUAAUACAUGAUUUUCACUUGUGUUACAUUUAAAUAGGAUCUCAACUGAGACUUGCACUCCCAUUAUAAACAAUGGUUCAUUACAAUAAACAUAAACAAUGGUUCUGGUGGGGUAUUAUGGUAUUUACUGCAAAACUGUUUUUUUAUUGUUUCAGUUGUUCUAGUGAACAAUUUAAACUAAAAACUACACACUGCUAGAGUAUAAUACUGUAGUAACAUAUUUUUGAACACCGAAGUUACAUUACAUUACAACUUUUACAGCUUUAGAACAGUUUGUGUAUUUUUAUACCCACCACAUUACUAAACAUGUUGUAGCUUUCAUUUAGUUGAAGAAUUAUAGAUAAUACAAUUAUAUUACUGUUGAACUGAAAAGGAAUGCCAACCAAGGGUUUAAAAUUGUAGUCCCUAAGAGGGUACAUAGUCACUUCCUGUGCUGUAGGUGAUUGUGUACCAGGAAGCUUGUUUGUUUUACUUCAAUGCAGAUUAGAUUUGAGAUUAACAACAUGCCACUCGUUUUAAAGCAAGCUAGACAUGGCAAUAGUAAGGAAAGUUAUUCUCCAUUUCAAUAUUUAACAUUUUCCAUUUCAUGACAAACCACAUUCUGUUUUUAUUUCCAUUCUUAUAUAGCACACAAUUUUAUCAGAAACAUACCUUGUUGACAGUCCACCUAGUUUACAUGCAUGUGUUUGUCAGGGGGAAUACAAGCUUCCUCUUUUUUUUAAAAAAACAACUGUUUUAAAGUAUUUCCUAUUGUAAAAAAGAUUAGUGAGUAAGCAACCAAUGGAUUACAUGGAGAUUGAAACUAUACAAAAAAUGCAGGAGUACAAUGCUAAUAAUUUACUAAUUGAAAUAAUCCACUGCAUUUAGCCACACAAGCAAGCAUUCAGAGUGGUAAAAAGUAGCUUAGAAAAUAUAUCUAUCUAUCGUAGAAGGUUUUUCUUGCACUGAAGACAAUGGGCACAAAUAACGGAACUUACUUAGAAAGUAAUGUCUUGUGAGAAGUGUUAACAAAACUUUUCUUUUUGUAUAUAAAAAUAUAUAUGUGCCUUCUUUCAACCUGUCAGCAGAUGUUCUCUAUGUAGUGGAGAAACGCUGUCCCUGAACAGUGGAGGGGUGAGGGUGUGCUUGUGUACUGUAUUACAUGUUGCUCUUUAGGCAAGGGCAAUCCAGUAAUAAAUGUUUUCUGAGUACUUCAGUUCUGUGUUAUGUGUUUUAAGUCUCUAAACUCACCCUAUGUCUCCUGUUAGGGUUUUCAUAUUUCAAUUUUAAUGUCUGCUUAAGAUUUUAAAUGACAGCUCAUUUAUUUUACUCCCAUUUUUCUCACUAAUUGAGAAAUGUCCAAUUAUGGUCCCUGGCUGCAGCAACUUCCCACAACAGCUCAGGAGAACAGAA